AUGUGGGUCCUGGGUUUCCUGCUCCCCUUCCUCCCAGUGCAGCUGGGGGUGCAGUCGAUCUCAGAGGGUGUCUGGUGCUACGACUCCCAGGACCCAAAGUGUGAGACCUCAGACCUUGUUUCCUCAGGCCCUACCUAUUGGAAAGAGCUAGCCCCUGCCUGUGGGGGCCCAACCCAGUCUCCCAUCAACAUUGACCUUCACCUGGUCCAGCGGGAUGCCACUCUAGGGCCCUUCAUCUUUCAAGGCUACGACUCAGCACCUCCAGGCCCUUGGACCCUGGAAAAUGACGGCCAUACAGUGCUACUCCGCAUGGAUGCUGGUCCACACAGCCACCUGGAGAUUCAGGGAGCCGGUCUGCCCUUGCCUGCCUACCGACCCGUGCAGCUGCACUUCCACUGGGGGAGCCCCGGGCACCCAGGCUCCGAGCACAGCCUGGACAGGCAGCACCAGGCCAUGGAGAUGCACAUGGUCCACGUGAACACAAAGUACCAGAACAUGGCGGAGGCACAAUGUCACCCAGAUGGCCUUGCAGUACUGGCUGUGCUGUUGGAGGAACAGGACCGUGACAACCUCAAUUUCUCUGCCAUUGUGUCGGACCUGAAAAAUGUGUCUUCCCCUGGGGUCUCAGUGAAUCUGACAUCCACCUUUCCUCUGGCCUCGCUACUGCCCGGGGCCUCAGGGCUCUCACGCUACUAUCGCUACUCUGGGUCACUGACCACCCCGGGCUGCGAACCUGUGGUGCUCUGGACGGUCUUUGAGAGCACCAUACCCAUCGGGCGUGAGCAGGUAGCCCAGUUCCACACUGUGCCCCAGGCCAGGCUACCAGGUUUGCACACCGUGCCGCUCACCGAUAAUUUCCGCCCACAGCAGCCUCUUGGAGGGCGCAAGAUCUCAGCAUCACCAGGAGCCUCCAUCAGCGCAGCAGCCCCACCCCACACCCCCACCCUGGGGGAUUUGCAUCAGGCUCUAACAGGCCUGGGGCUUAGCCUGUGGCUCUGGCAGGGUCCCUAG